GAGGACAUACCUAACGCGUUCGCUUUUCCAUCGGCUACACGUAGCAUCACUGACGUCGUUUUAAUGACCUUUUGCACGGAAUAAUUCAUCCCCGUAUAAAUAUCUGGAAGUAUUCAAUCAGGUCUACGAGAGAGAAGUUGUGAAUCCCAUGAAGUGUUUGAAAUCAUCGCGCUGUUUUAAGGCAGAGUCGUGUUAGUUACACUUACACAUGCUAACAGAGCGAUCAUGGCUGCGGUGUUUCUAAAAACUCAACUCAACAGAGCUAUAUACAGACACCUGCUGACGCUGAUCUGGACCAGAGGAUCCAUCAGACAUGCAUCUGUGGGGAGGAUUGAGAAAGUGCUCAUUGCUAACAGAGGAGAGAUAGCAUGCCGGGUGAUGCGGACGGCCAAGAAGAUGGGCGUUCGCUCGGUUGCGGUGUACAGCGACGCAGACAGACACGCCAUGCAUGUGGCCAUGGCGGAUGAGGCGUAUCAUAUCGGGCCAGCAGCGUCUCAGCAGAGUUACCUGCGCAUGGACAGGAUCCUGGAUGUCGCCAAGAAAUCCUCUGCUCAGGCGGUCCAUCCUGGAUAUGGAUUCCUGUCGGAAAAUACAGAGUUUGCUGAACUGUGCAAACAAGAGGGCAUCAUCUUCAUCGGCCCGCCGUCGUCAGCCAUCCGGGACAUGGGAAUCAAAAGCACAUCUAAACACAUCAUGUCAGCUGCUGGCGUGCCCAUCAUUGAGGGUUACCAUGGCGAGGACCAAUCAGAUGGCAAACUUCAAAGCGAGGCCGCAAGGAUCGGUUACCCCGUGAUGAUCAAAGCCGUCCGCGGCGGCGGAGGGAAGGGAAUGCGCAUCGCACUCUCAGAAGCAGAGUUUCACGAGCAACUGGAGUCGGCUCGCAGAGAAGCACGCAAGUCAUUCAACGACGACGUGAUGCUGAUCGAGAAGUUUGUGGAGAACCCCAGACACGUUGAGGUGCAGGUGUUUGGUGACCAGUACAGCGAUGCAGUGUAUCUGUUCGAGAGAGACUGUAGUGUACAGAGACGACACCAGAAGAUCAUCGAGGAGGCUCCAGGGCCGGGCAUCAGUCCUGAGGUCAGGAGGAAACUCGGAGAGGCAGCGGUGCGAGCAGCUAAAGCAGUCAACUAUGUAGGAGCAGGUACUGUGGAGUUCAUCAUGGACGCGCAGCACAAUUUCUACUUCAUGGAGAUGAACACGCGUCUGCAGGUGGAGCAUCCCGUCUCAGAGAUGAUCACGGGAACAGACCUGGUUGAGUGGCAACUGCGCGUGGCUGCGGGGGAGAAGCUGCCCCUCUCUCAGGAGCAGAUCAUGUUGCACGGUCAUUCUUUUGAGGCCAGGAUAUACGCUGAAGACCCCAAUAACAACUUCCUUCCCGGAGCGGGGCCGCUGCUACACCUGUCCACGCCGCAGGGGGAUCAGUGCACACGCAUAGAGACGGGGGUGCGAGAAGGUGAUGAAGUUUCUGCUCAUUACGAUCCAAUGAUCGCCAAACUAGUGGUUUGGGGGGAAGAUCGCUCCGCCGCUCUGAAAAGACUCAGAUACUGCCUUCGACAAUACAACAUUGUGGGUCUCAACACCAAUAUCGACUUCUUACUCAGUCUUUCGGGGCAUCCGGAGUUCGAGGCAGGGAACGUCCACACCAGCUUCAUCCCGCAGCACUAUGAUCAUCUGUUCCCCGCCGCUCGAAGCCCAUCCGGUGCACUGCUCUGUCAGGCCGCUCUGGGUCUGCUGCUCCACGAAAAACACCACACAGAGAUGUACAGAAACCAAACCAGUGACAUGUUCUCUCCGUUUGCCUCCAGUAACGGGAGACGAUUCAAUGUCCUGCAGUGCAGGAACCUCACACUUCAGCUCGGGGACGACAAAGUGGCAGUAUCUAUUACUUACAAUCCAGAUGGGACAUACAGUAUGGAGACUGGCAGUCAGGUGUUUCAUGUAUCAGGAGAGCUGCAGAGGGAAGGAGAUGUGACCUACCUGUGGUGCUCCGUCGAUGGAGUGCUGUCCCGACCCAAACUAGUCAUUCUGGACAACACCGUACACAUCUUUUCUAUGGAGGGAAAUGCACAGGUGGAUGUACCAGUGCCCAAGUUCCUGGCGGGCGUUAGUGGCUCCAGUGCACAGGGUGGCGCUGUUGCACCCAUGACAGGCACCAUCGAAAAGGUCUUAGUCAAGGCUGGAGACUCGGUCCAGAAAGGAGAUCCUCUGAUGGUGAUGAUUGCCAUGAAAAUGGAGCACACAAUCCGUGCACCAAAAGCAGGAGUCAUCAAGAAGGUGUUCUUCAAAGAGGGCUCGCAGGCUAACCGUCACGCAGCUCUGGUAGAGAUGGAGCAAGAGGAAGGAGCUGGGGAAGAGUAAACCUGCACCUGGAG